CGGGACUAAUAUAGUGCCCGAGAUGAUUAAAGCCUUCGUCUAUUAACUACAAUCCCGGCCUAAACCUUGGAGCCCGGAUUAUAGAGCGUGGCGAAAGAAAACAGACGGGGAACCCAUUUACAGCAAUAUAAAUACGCCAUGUGCAAUCGCGAGAAAUAAACAUUUUCAUUUUUUUGGGAAUAUAGACAGGCCACUCUACUGCUUGCCGAAUACAUUUCAAGAUCUGGAGUCUUACUUCAUUCAAACAAUGGCCAUCACUGUUGGAAUUGCUGGAAUUACUGGCAAGUUUGCCAAACGCCUUGUGUCUCAUCUGCUUAAGCGACCCGAGGUGAACAUUCGCGGAUACUGCCGUGAUCCCAGCAAAGUUCCGGAAGCAAUCUCGUCCUCGGCUCAAGUCAUUCUCUUCCAAGGAGAUGCUUUUAGCAAAGAUGCGAUCAACGCCUUUGCCAAAGGCUGUGACGUUAUCGUGUGCUGCUAUCUCGGCGAUGAUAAGCUUAUGGUCGAUGGACAGAAGAUUCUGAUUGAGGCCUGCGACGGCUGUGAAGUACCACGCUACAUUGCUAGUGACUGGGCGCUGGAUUACACCAAGCUGAAGCUCGGCGAGUUGUUCCCUAAAGAUCCGAUGAUCCAUGUUAAGGCCUACGUUGAGACCAAGAAGGUUCAGGGUGUCCACAUCCUCAUCGGAGGGUUCAUGGAGCCCAUCUUCAGCCCAUUUUUCAACAUCUAUGACCCUCAAUCUCAAACUCUACGCUUUUGGGGAUCGGGCGAUGAAGUAAUGGAAGGGACGACCUACGAUAACGCUGCAGAAUUUACUGCCGCGGUUGCUGUGGACCCCAAGGCAACUGGCAUUGUGAAGUUCCUCGGUAGCCGAGCUACCAUCAAAGAGAUCGCUGCUUCUUUUGAAAAGGUCUACGGAAUUAAGCCUGCCUUGGAGAGCAGAGGGUCCCUCAAAGACCUGUAUCAAUGUAUGCAUGAGAAGCGCGAGAAGAGCCCGGCGGAUGUGUACAGUUAUAUGUCGCUCUUUUUCUAUUACUACUGGGUCAACGGACAGACUCUCCUGGGUACGGACCUGGACAAUGAGCGAUAUACUGAAGUCAAGCCAGUUAGCUGGGAAGGAUUUAUGACCCAGUGGCCUUUGGAGACGAUGCCUACUGCUUACUUUUCUCUGAGCGGAUAAGGAAGCAAGAACGCCAGGGAUUAUUGACGCUGAAAGCAGAUCUGUGCUGAAAAUUCAUGGGUUCCAAGUUGAGGGGAAAGAAUCCUAAUAUUAGUCUCUAGAAUCAUGCAUUAGUAUAUACAAUAUUGGCGAAUCAUUUGAUUCGGUAUCAUAGAUUUUUGUCGAAUAACCCCGGGAAUAUUAUAACGC